GUCAUAAGUUAAUGCACCUAACUUCACUUCAGUGAUUAAGUUUAUUGUGAAUUAAGUAGUGAUUCUCAGUUAUUCGAAAAUAAUCGAAUAAAAUGGGUAAAAAGGCGGAAGUAGGUACUCCUAAGUACCUUGCCAAUAAAAUGAAAGCAAAAGGUCUUCAAAAACUUAGAUGGUAUUGUCAGAUGUGUCAAAAACAGUGCAGAGAUGAAAAUGGUUUUAAAUGUCACACCACAUCUGAAUCACAUCAAAGGCAAUUACUUUUAUUUGCGGAUAAUUCUAAACGAUACAUAGAUGAUUUUUCAUAUGAAUUUGCGAAGGGCUAUAUGGAAAUACUCCGCAGACAAUUUGGAACCAAGAGAGUUAAUGCAAAUAAAGUAUAUCAGGAAUACAUUCAUGACAGAGAUCAUGUACACAUGAAUGGUACCAGAUGGGUUACCCUAACUGGUUUCGUUAAAUGGCUAGGGAAAACAGGGCAAGCUGUUGUAGAUGAAACAGAAAAAGGUUGGUUUAUAACUUAUAUUGAUAGGAGUCCUGAAACUGUAGAACGGGAAGAAAUGAAAAAGAAAAAACAAAAAAUGGAUAAAAAUGAUGAAGAAAAACAAAUGGAAUUUGUAGAGAAACAAAUACGGUUAGCCCAAAAACAAGGGCCAUCUGUCGAACCUGUAUAUACAGAAUUAGUCAGAGAUAAUGAAGAAGAGGUUUUGAAAUUAGAUAUAAAGUUGAAAACUGAUAAACAGGCAACACCAACCCCACAAAAUAUUUUUAAAAUUCCCCCUACAGUACCUACAGAAUCAAAGAAGAGGAAACUUGAUGACAAGAAAAAAUCUGCUCUAGAUGAAAUUAGGGAACUAGAAGAGAGUAAAAGAGAAAAACAAAAUAGAAAAGACUAUUGGAUUGCUGAAAAUAUAAUCGUAAAAGUAAUUACAAGAAACUUGGGUGAAGAAUACUAUAAGCAAAAAGGAAUAGUUAAAGAAGUUAUAGAUAAAUAUGUGGCAGUUGUAAAACUCUUAGACAGUGGUAAAAAGUUGAAAAUUGAUCAAGAACAUUUAGAAACUGUGAUACCAGCUUUAGGAAAAUUAGUAAAAGUUGUAAAUGGUGCUUAUAGAGGAGAAACUGCUACAUUGUGCAGUGUGGAUGAAAAAAAUUUUUGUGUUGAAAUAGAGAUCUACAGUGGGUUGUUGAAGGGCAGAAAAGUUAAAGGGGUACAAUAUGAAGAUAUAUGUAAAUUAAACGAUCAUUAAUAAUCAAUCAAUAUAAUACAUAGAAAAACAUCUUAUUUAAAAUUCCAACUAUCAACAGGAAUACUAUCCUGUUUAUUUGCCUUUAUAUUGGGUAAUCUGUUUUUCUGAUACAAAUUCCUACAAAGAAUUAUCUUAUAGAUUUAGAUUAGAUGAGUGUAAGGUUGUGAAUUUAUCUGUCACACACUUUGAUCUAUUAUGUACCCCGGACUGUAUUCCAGUCAGCAACGACUUUGUAAAGUGAGUUACCUGUCUGGGGGCUAUGUGGCUUACCUCUUAUAGCUUUAAAAAGCUUAAAUGUAAGUACCUUUGUUUUUGUUUAUAGAUUGCUUCGCACCCACAAAGAAGGUCUUUGGCACACAAGAGCUGUUGAGAGUUUCUUCCAUGUUCUUGAGGUGAUAGUUCCCAGAUAUAGGGAAACAUUUUUUUAUUCUUUCAGACCUGGGGCGUCUUUUUAUAUGUUUCUGAUUUUUUCUUGUUUUCCCACUUUUUUAUGACCAUGACUUGAUGACUUUUUGGGAAGUCUAUGAAAGGUUGUGGUCCUAUGAAAGGAAUUAUUGGGUAAAACUGUUGGACACUAAUGUGACAUAUAUUUUUUUACUUAGAUAAAAUUAACCACAUUAUAUGGGAGUUGCUACAAAUUUUGAGAUAGACAAAAAAACAAAUAUUUAUAAUUGGAUAUGGUUUUAUUAUUUUUCUAAAUAUUCUCCAUUCAUAUCAAUACAUUUUCGAAUCCAUUUGAACCAAUUGUCAAAGCAUUUUUUCCAUUCCAAUUGAAGUAAACGCUUCAAUAGUGACGACAUGUUUAGUUAUUCCACUGAAACAUGCGACUAUUUGCUUUGAAGCUCUUCAUGUGUUAACAAUUUUUGACUCGAGCUUUUUUUGAGCGAUGGUCAAAUUAUGCAUUUUCCAACAAGAACAAAUCUUUUUGACAGCCAAUAUGUUGUAAUAUUGAAUGUAUGCGAGUGGAUCUAAUGCCCAAGUAACCCUGAACUUCACAGUAUCUAUGUUUUCUGACACACCAGCAGAUUUUGGAUGACCUUCAGUAAACGCGGUGACUUGAGAUGGUGCUUCAUCACCAAAAGUCAAAGCGAGUUGAUUGGCACACUACUGUAUAGAAAAUCAUCUCAUGAAAAUGUUUGCGAAUUCAUUUUUUGACUAAGUUUCAAAUAUUUGUAAACAAGUUAGGUUAGUUAAAUAGCACUUGUAUGACAACACGUUCUGAGUUCGUUCACCAUUAAAAAUUCUAAACUUUAUGAAGGCAAAGAUUUGACAUAUCAGUAUUGCCUUAUCUAAAAACUUAGUAGUAACCCUCAUAUUUUCUGUCAAAGAGAAAAUGAUGAAAAUUUUCAUCGAUUAAUUAGUUGGGAUUUUAAGAUGUAUGCCAAACCACCAAUGGUAGUCCUUAAGAUAGUUAAAUUACCAAUUUGUUUCUUUAUUUGAAAGGAUCCCAAAUACUUUUUCACUGACUAUUCCUAUUCCAGAGCAGCAUUUAAACAAAAUGUUUGGUGAUUCCCAAUAUUAGAGUGUGUAAUAAACUAUCAAUUUUAGUUUUUAUAGGAUGAAAAGAUACUGAUAUUAUAGCCCCAUCUUCUUUUUCAUGAAUUUUAUUUAUUUAUAUCAUCUAACAAAUUAUGACAUUUGAAAUGUAAUACAUAUUUGUUAUUAAAUAUUUAUAUAUAAUAAAUGUUCAAUUUUGUACUCCUAUGUUCCCAAACUUUCCCCUCAUAAAAUUCUUUGUAAUUUAUACAGUGUGCUGGUACAAUGUACCUCCAAUUUUUGUUAUUUAAAUGAAACUUAAUUUUAACAUAAUUAUACAGGUUAAUGGCACUCUUUUUCGUAAUUCCUGAUUAAUUAAAUAAAUAUUUUGAUAGAAGCAUUAAAUUCAGACAUUUUAAAGUCUUUUGAAAUCAAAUUCAAAUGAUUUUAAUGGAAGAACUGGAAAUAAUCCAAUUGUUUGGACAUCAUGCUCCUAUCAAUUGGAAAAAUGCUGUAAUGUUUAACUUGAAAAUGUAAAAGUGAUUCUAUUCCCCAUAACAAACAACUAAAAUCGAUAAUGCAAACCCAAAAUAUAAUAUUAAAUUUAGGUAGUAGGUAGUUAACUCUAAUAGAAAUAAAAUAAUCUUCGGAUAG